AUGUCUCUGGAGGAGAAGUUGGCCAAGAUCAAAUCACCCAAUCUUCAAAGCCAGAAGCAUACAGCGGUGGUUCUGUCGUCGAUCGAAGAAACCCUCACCGAGCAGAAGACGAAAUUUACACCAACUGCAUACUUUGCUGCCCUACUCGCCCUUUUAAAGCAGUCUGCUUCCGCUGGUCCUGACAAUGAUGUCGUUGCCUCCACCAUCUACCUCCUCGACCUCGUCACCUCUCAUGUACCCGCAAACCUCCUCCGCUCCCAAUUCAACACAAUCGCCUCUCUACUGGCGCCCUUUUUGAACGCUUCUAGCUCGAACGCACCGCUUCUACGGUCGGCAAUCGGAUGUCUCGAUUCUCUAUUGGUCGCUCAGGACUCGGCAGCAUGGAAUCUCCCGCAGACACAAACGAGCCCGAGGCAGGCUAUCCCGGUGCUGCUCACACUAGCCAUUGACACAAGACCCAAGACAAGAAAAAGAGCGCAAGAGGCAUUGACGACUGUUCUGAAAAAUCCUCCACCUGGACCAGCUAUUGAUCAUCCGGCUGCUGAGCUAUGCGCCGUCGCGGCACAGAACAACCUGAAAAACGCGGUGGAUCUAGCGCACCAGACACGGCGGCAGAGAGGCCGACCAGAUGACAGCCAUGAACCGGCAGUGAUACAUGCCCUUCAAUUGACCAAGGCCGUGGCUGUUGCUUCGGGGGGGUGGCCGAGCAAGAAGAUCGAAUCACUAUGCGAACUGCUACUGUCGAUAUCCAGAUCGAGAAAUGACUACUUGGUCAUGAGUGCUUUCGAAGUGUUUGAGGUCAUAUUCGAGGGCAUGCAGGACGUAGUCUCGUCGUCAAAGCUACCACGCCUGCUCGAGGCGAUAGUCGACUUGAAACCCGCCCAAAACGACUCGCAGCUGGUCCCGUCAUGGAUAGCGAUCCUGUCGCGAGGCUACGGUACAGCAGCUGUGGUCGAGACGGAAGAAACUUUUGCGAAACUACCAGACCUGUUUGAUCUUGUUGCGGCGUUCUUGACAAGUCCGUCUCACAAUAUCAGGGUCUCGGCCUCGGAAUGCCUGAUUUCGUUUUUUGCCAACUGCAUACCAGACAGCGUCAUCUCUGAUCCAUCUGUUUAUGACGAGAAGCUGCUGGAACAGAUCUCGAAAAAGGCACUCGACCUGCUGUCCGUCAAAUACCAGCCGGCUUGGAUGGAAGUCUUCGGUACACUAUCAGCUCUGUUCGACGCUCUACGAUGGAGAGGCGAUCCCUUCCUCCUGCCCCUUGUCAAAGCCAUCGGCGAGCUGCGCGGCAACGAAGGCUUUCAAGGCAAGAAAGAAGCCGAUGAAGUCCUCGGUCAUGCCAUCCGCAACCUUGGCCCCGGCGCAGUGCUGAGUGUGCUCCCCCACAACCUCAUCAAGCCACAACCGGAUCAACCGGGCAGAGCAUGGCUGCUUCCCCUGCUAAGAGAUUACGUGUCGAACACUAACCUAGGUCACUUCAGAUCGGAUCUAGUCCCGCUCAGUGAAGCGAUGUACCAACGCGUCAUCAACCACGGCGACGUUGAGAAGACUAUGAACAUCAAGGUCUUCGAGACUGUGGUACAGCAGGUCUGGGCUACACUGCCGGGCUAUUGUGACUUACCACUCGACCUGCAAACGGCCUUUGACCAGCCUUUUGCGGAGAUGAUCUCGAAUCUCCUGUACAAGCAGGCUGAUUUGCGAGUUGACCUGUGCCGAAGCUUACAGAACCUUGUUGAAUCCAACCAAGCCCUUCUGGCAUCCGAUCUUUCGGAUGAAAUGCUGCAGCUUGAACGGAGGUUGUCACGUUCGGACGCGCAGAAGAAUAUGCAACACCUGGCUCAGUUCGCAAGCAACUUGCUUGCCGUACUCUUUAAUGUUUACAGCCAAACGCUCCCGCAAUCACGAGCAUACAUUCUACAGUGUAUCAACAGUCAACUGAGCAUCACACCAGAGAAAGACCUAGUAGAGACGUUCGAGAGAGUCUCUAAGAUGCUUCAAGACGCCCUUCCAAAGGCCGACCAGCCGCCGUCAAAGAAGGAACAGAGCCAGGCCUCUGCAAGCAGCCUGCCGCCUACAUCCCACACCCUACUCGACCUCGUCAUUGCCCUCUCAGUCCACUUGCCCCGAUCGACGUUCGCCUCCCUCUUUGCCAUUUGCGCUGGCAUCAUCACCAACCCGGCCAUUCUCAAGUCUGACCCGCAACUCAUUAAGAAAGCGUACAAGCUUGUGCCUCGAUUGUCCACCUCCCCAACCGGAACAGAGGCUCUCAAGGACCGAAGCAAGGAACUGCAGGAGCUGAUGCUGCGUACAUCAGAGAUGACACCCGUUCCUGCUCGACGAGAUCGAAUUCUUGCAAUCGAGACCAUUGUCUCAUAUCUCCCUCCAACAGACCUCCACUUCAUACCCAGCAUUCUGAGUGAAGUUGUCCUUGCCUGCAAAGACAGUAACGAGAAAGCCCGAACAGCUGGUUUCGACCUCCUUAUUACUGUGACAAACAAAAUCUCUGAUUCAUCAAAUCCGCCGGACACGACGAUUCGCAAUCGCCUUGUUCCGCAUAUGCCUGAUGACUCUCCAGACGCACCCGCCACCCUCGAAGAAGUCUUCACCAUGGUCAGCGCCGGAUUGGCAGGCGUGGCGCCGCACAUGGUGGCUGCAAGUAUCAUCGCGUUAAGCAGACUGUUCUUCGAGUACCACUCCCGACUGACUGACAAGACGAAGGAGGAACUCGUUGAUACGGUGUCAAUGUUUCUGCAGUCUAACAACCGCGAGAUCGUCCGCGCGGUGCUUGGUUUUGUAAAAGUCAUGGUUGUUGUGCUGCCUGGGCAGAUGCUGGAACCGAGGAUGCCGAGUAUCAUGCCCGGGUUGAUGGUGUGGAGUAAGGAGAAUAAGGGCCGGCUCAGGGUGAAGGUCAAGGGCAUUGUAGAUCGGUGCCUACGCAGGUUUGAUGCAGCCAAGGUGGAAAGCUGGGUUGGUGGUGAGGACAGGAAAAUGGUGGUGAAUAUCCGUAAACGAAGGGAACGGGCGAGGAAGAAGAGGAAGGCUGACGAGGACCCUGAGGAGGACGCGGAGACUCCAGCCAAGAGAUACGACAACGAAUUCGACGAAGCAGUUUACGGCUCCGAGGAUGAUGAGUCGGAGAUCGAAGGCAGCGGUGAUGAAAACGACGAUGACGAUGACGACGAUGCCACGACAGGCGUGUCAAUCAAAAAGCCUCAUGAGCGUGGAAGGAGGAGAAGUGACCAGUACAUUCGUCAAGAAGCCGAGGAAGAUGAGCCCCUUGAUCUUCUCGACCCGAGGAGCAUGGCAAGCAUAACGACCAAGAAACUGGGACGGCUGCGGGAUUCGGAUGUCAAGUCGAGGAAAACAAAGGCUCAAUUCAACGAAGACGGCAAACUCGUAUUUGGCGGUGAGCAAGACGAUGGCGUCGGAGAUGAUACGGUUAUGUCUGGCGGCGACCAGCAGGACAAUUCCGUUAACGCCUACCUUGAUGCCGUUUCUGGUGCGGACGCCGUCCGAAGAGGUCAGAAGGGCCGCUUAAAAGUCAAAUCCGGCAUGCAGAAGAGAACGAAGCAAGAAGGGCGGCAACGUGAGAACGAUGAGAUGGAGCUGGAUGUCGAGGAAGCCAGACAGGUUGCCAGACAAAUCAUGCAAGGAAGUGCGAGCCCCAAGUUCCCAGGCGGCAAGACGGAUGCCAACAAGCAGCGGCGAGGCCUGGGCAUCGAGAAGCGGAAGGAUGGACCGCAGAGACAGAAGUUUCGAGGUGGAAGUGGCGUUGGGAAGCAGCGCGGUGGAAAGGUGCAGUUUUCGGGCAGGAGGGGAGGACGAAGAUGA